CAUUUGAAUAUGUAUUGUAUUAAAUUGCAUGCACUGCCACGUUUGCAGACUUAAUAUUAUUUAUCAAUUAUUCAUUGAAUUAUGGCUUUACGUCGAGGAAAAAGAAAUUUGAAAUUGCAGGUUUCUGAAGAGACACCUGUACCUGUCACUCCACCGAGAAAUCUGGAUAAAAGAACUACAAUAACUAUUGGUGAUAAAACAUUUGUGGUAGAAGCAGAUGAUUUGGAAACUAUCUGUAUUCUUGGACGUGGAGCAUAUGGUAUUGUAGAUAAAGUACGACAUAAACAAAGUGGUACUAUUAUGGCGGUUAAGAGAAUAACUGCAACGGUUAAUACACAGGAACAAAAACGAUUACUUAUGGAUUUAGAUAUUUCCAUGCGUAGUUCAGCAUGUCAGUAUACAGUACAAUUUUAUGGAGCAUUAUUUAGAGAAGGAGAUGUUUGGAUAUGUAUGGAAGUGAUGGAUAUGAGCUUGGAUAAAUUUUAUACAAAAGUGUACAAGCAUGGACGUGCCAUUCCUGAAGAUAUUUUAGGAAAAAUUGCUUUUGCAGUAGUAAGUGCAUUACAUUACCUAUAUUCACAGUUGCGAGUGAUUCACAGGGAUGUAAAACCUAGUAAUAUUUUAAUUAACCGAAAAGGAGAGGUAAAAAUCUGUGACUUUGGUAUUUCUGGUUACCUUGUAGACUCUAUUGCCAAAACUAUCGAUGCUGGUUGUAAACCAUAUAUGGCUCCAGAAAGGAUAGACCCGUCGGGUAACCCUUCACAAUAUGACAUCAGAUCUGAUGUUUGGUCAUUAGGUAUAUCUCUUGUUGAACUUGCAACAGGAAAGUUUCCUUAUGAAUCUUGGGGUACACCUUUUGAGCAAUUGAAACAAGUUGUAAAGGAUGAAGCACCAAAGUUACCUACUGAUAAAUUUUCUGCCAGUUUUGAAGAAUUUAUCAAUAAAUGUUUAAUGAAAGAUUAUACUGCUCGUCCAAAUUACAGUCAACUAUUGAAACUUAAUUUUAUCACAGAGCAUGCCAAGAAGAACACAAAUGUUGCUGAAUUUGUUGGAGAAAUUUUAGAUCUACCUGAAGUUGAACAACCAGCAUAGUGUACAAACAUAUUUUGACAUGGUG